AUGUCGCCCGCUGUAUGGUUCAUAACUGGUGCAUCCUCCGGGAUGGGCUUCACAAUGACAAAAUUGGUUCUAUCACAAGGCGACAUCGCAAUUGCAACCUUGCGCAAACCUGAAAUGCUCGACCAUCUCAAGAGUCAGUACCCUGCCGACCAUUUGCUUGUUUUGAAGCUCGAUGUUUCCAAGCGAAACGAUAUUGUGGACGCUUUUAACAAGAGUCAUGAGGCCUUCGGUCGCAUCGCUGUCGUCUUCAAUAAGGGAACGCCAGACGAGAUGGCCCGCUCUAUUUUUGAGACCAACUCCUGGGGCGCCAUGAACGUUGCCCGUGAAGCUGUUAGGUUCUUCCGCGAGGUUAAUAGUCCCAUCGGUGGCCGUUUGAUCACCAUGCCGAGCAUGCUCGGCAUAGUCAGUAGUGCUGCCUUGGGAUUCUACACUGCAAGCAAGCAUGGUCGAGACGCCCGCAAUGACCGAUUAAAUCAGGAACUUGACCCGAGAUGGAACAUUAAGAUGACCAUGGUCGAGCCCGGAGGUUUUGCUACUCGUGCAUCCAGUCCUGAAUCUCUCGUACAGACGCCACCCCAUCCAGCGUACAGCGACCCCAAGUCGACCGUUCAAUAUGUCCGCGGAUAUCUUCCCAACGUUGCCCUCCCUGGAGAUACCGAGAAAGGCAUCUCUUUUCUAUCUGUCCAUCGAAUACGAACUUCCGCUGACUUUCAUGUCACAGCAAUGAAAGUUACCUAUCAUACCAUUGCCAAACUCGAUGAUCCUCCGCUUCGCCUACCUUUGGGACAAGAUGUCCUCCAGUGCUUCCGUGCCCAGUCCAAGGCUUACGCGGACGAUGCGGAUAAAUGGGCGACGUUGUCGAAUGAUCUGAUGUUGGACGGGAAGGAGCCUGUCUUGAUGCGCUUAGACUAG